CUUCGGGCCUAGGCGAUCUCACACACCUGAGAAAUCCAGACUAGAUUUCGAGUUCGUAAAAACUAAUAAUGUCGGAUCCGUUGGUAAAGUCCGAGAUUUCUCCGCCAAAUUCCUACGCAGCUGUUGUCCUCGGCGGUACCUUUGACCGUUUACACGACGGUCACCGCCUCUUUCUCAAGGCGGCGGCGGAGCUAGCAAAUGAUCGGAUAGUGGUUGGAGUUUGCGACGGUCCUAUGUUGACUAAAAAACAGUUCUCAGAUUUGAUACAGCCCAUCGAGGAAAGGAUACUUAAUGUCAAAAAUUACAUCAAGUCUAUCAAGCCGGAGCUGGUUGUGCAAGCUGAGCCUAUUACAGAUCCCUAUGGCCCUUCAAUUGUCGAUGAAAAUUUGGAGGCUAUUGUUGUGAGCAAGGAGACAUUGCCGGGUGGACUGUCCGUUAAUAAGAAGAGAGCUGACAGAGGCCUUUCACAACUGAAGGUUGAAGUUGUAGAUCUGGUUUCUGAAGAAUCUAGUGGAGAGAAACUAAGUUCGACAACAUUAAGGAAGCUUGAGGCUGAGAAGUCCAAGAAACAACAGGCGGAGCGAAUCAUUUCCAUACAGGCCCGGAAGGACCUUGAAGCUGAUCUUGAACCUGAAGCAAGCCAACUCAACCCCACUGUUAUACAGAACCUCUCUCUGUUCUUUCAAGAAGUGGAUGCAAUCAAGGCUGAAAUAAAGGAGAUCACCAAUCUGUUGUUUGAUCUUGAACACCUGAAUGAAGAGGCAAUGUCCAUCCAUAGCACCCAGAUUCUUUGCAGAUUGAGAGACCGAAUGGAAUCAGACAUGCUCACUGUACUUGGCAAGGACAAGAUUGUCAAGGAAAGGCUAGAAGAACUCGAUCAAUCCAAUGUGCUCAAUUGCAGUGUCUCAGAAGCAUGUAAAGAGGGAGGUUCUAUUGAUAGGACAAGGAUGUUAGUCACAAGUGGUUUGAGAGUCAAGCUCAGGGACAUGGUGAAUGAUUUUCAAUCCUUGAGAGAAAAGAUUCUAUUAGAUCACAAGGAAGAUCUCAAGAGGAGUUACAACACUGUAACUGGUGAAGUGCGGGGUCAGGAGGCGAUUGACAUGAUGAUUUCAGGGUCUUCUCCAUGUGGUGGUGAGAAAGACGAAGUUGGGGUAGAGAUUCUAGAGAAGCCAGACCUCUCAAAGUGUCCAAGGGUUACUCCAAGUUAUCGGGAUUUGAACACGAACCAAUAUUUAGCUUCAGCAAGCAAGAGAACAGAAAUUGAUCGUCAAGUCUUGAAUGACAGGUUCAUUUGUGUCAAUUUGGAUACCAAGCGCAGUCUUAGAGAGACGACAAACAGUCUGGUUGAGAACAAUGAGAAGUUUCUGAACAAGUUUGAAGAUGAAAAACUAGAGGAGGAUAUGUUUGUGGCAACAUUGAGUUCAGCGGCUGAACGUGGGUUUUGCAAAUUGAUUGCAAAGAUGAAUGAUCUGAUGACAAAAUCUUUCUUAAGUUAUGUGGAUCUGAAGAAACAGGCAAAGAAGGACAUUGAAGCCGAAAUUGACCUUGAAGCAAGCCAACUCAACCCCUCUGAUGAACAGAACCUCUCUCAGUUCUUUCAAGAAGUGGAUGCAACCAAGGCUGAAAUGGAAGAGAUCACCAAUCUCUUGUUUGAUCUUCAACACCUGAAUGAAGAGUCUAAGUCCACCCAUAGCGCCAAAAUUCUUCGAGGGCUGAGAGACCGAAUGGACUCAGACAUGGUUGCUGUACUUCGCAAAGCCAAGAUUGUCAAGGCAAGGCUAGAAGCGGUUGAUCAAUCCAAUGUAACUAAUCGCAGAGUCUCAGAAGCAUAUAAAGAGGGAAGUCAUGUUGAUAGGACAAGGAUAUUAGUCACAAGUGGUUUGAGAGUGAAGCUUAGGGACAUGAUGAAUGAUUUCCAAUCUUUGAGAGAACAGAUUCUAUCAGAUCAUAAGGAAGAUCUCAAGAGGAGGUACUACACGGCAACUGGUGAAGUACCGAGUCAGGAGGUGAUUGAAAAGAUGAUUUCAGGGUCUGUGAAAGUUCAAUUGUUUGAAGGGAAUACUGAGUUAGAUUUGAGGAGUAAAGAGAGGCAUGAGGCUUUGAUGGAUAUUCAGAGGAGCUUGACUAAGCUUCAUCAGAUUUUCCUUGACAUGGCUGUUCUGGUUGAGACACAAGGGGAAAAGAUGGAUGAUAUUGAAGAGAAUGUGACCAAUGCUGGUCGCUUUAUCAGUGGUGGAACUGACAGUCUUUACUAUGCCAAUCAGAUGAAGAAGAACAAGGCAUGGGUUUACUGGGUUUGGGCUGUCAUGGUGAUUAUACUGUUGGUGUGCGUCAUUUCUAUGUUAGCUUCCUGAAGGAGCAAGGUCCGAAAACCAUCUGGAGAUUGUAAAGAGGUUUGUUGUUGGUGAGGCCAGAGGGAGGGAUUUUGCUCUGUAAAUUCAUCUCUAAUUGAGCUUUUCUGAGCUCUGGGAGGGGUUCUCUUUCUUUUGCUGUUCUUAUGGCUUUUAGUUUAGAUAUGAUUCUGUCAUUGUCUUUUGGUAUAGUGAUUCUUGUCUGAUACACUUUGAGGUUUUCUCAAAUCAUGGUAAAUGUUCAUGAGAGUUGGAUUUUGAUUGAGUA